AUGCCGGCUACAGGAAGACCAAACACCGACUACGAGCGCUGGCUUCAGCAUCACAAUCCAGACGCUGAAUUUCAACCGAGUCCACAAUACGGUCCUCAUCAUGGCAGUCGGUCUGGGAAAUAUCCCCCAUUUCACACACCAAAGACAGACAGGCCUCGCAUUCCCUUCGCCGAACCUCAAAUCCGGUUUUCGCCUACAGAGAAGGAGCUUGGAUCUUCUCCCAAGGAGAGUUCGAGCUCACCGACUGUUAUCUUGUUGUUCAUUUUUGUUAUUCUGGUUGCUAUUGCAUAUGCUCGAGUGCAACUUGCGCACUCCUCACAAAACCCUCAGUCUCGGAGAAGAGGUGAAAAGAUCUGA